GUAAACAGGAAAGAGCGGAAGUUCCGUUAGCUUUUCUCCUGUGUGACAGAGAAGGAAGACGGUCGUAUUGUUGUCGUCUCUCAGCUGAAUCUUUGAGCCGUUUGAGCAACCAUGUCUUCAGUUCAGUAUCUGAGAGAGUUUAUCAACGAGCGACUAACUGCUGCUGCGGAAGAAAUCUUCUCAGAGUUUGAAAAAACGAUCGUCCAGUACGAGGAAGUGAUCGACCGUCAGCGCAGACUGCUGGAUAUCACCUGGAAACCCGAGAUAAAGCUGCACACAGCAGGCCUCCAGCAGCAGCAUGUCUAUAAGGAGGAGGAAUUUCUCAUUAACCAGCAGCUCUGUAAUGAGGAGAACCGCGGGGAACCAGAGCCUCUCCAGAUCAAACAUGAACAGGAGGAUUUCUACAGCAGUCAGGAGGGACAGCAGCUUGCACUGAAGGAGGACAUUGAUACCUUUAUGGUGACUGCUGCUUAUGAGGAAAGAGCCCACGGUGAACCAGGACCAGACAGGGAGCAGCUCCUCUCUCACAGCUUCCUGAUAGCUGAGGGUCAAGAUCAGGGAGGAAGCAACUAUGUAGAUUUAGGAUCAGCACAUAGUGCAAACAGAAGUCACAGUACCGAUGCAGAAGACUCUCCCACGUCAGAGGGUCAGUGUAACACUGACAUAGGUAAAAAGUCAGUAACAUGCAAUGUUUGUGGAAAAUUGUUUAAGAAUAAAUACAAAAUACACGAACAUCACAGAAUCCACACAGGCGAGAAGCCCUAUCUUUGUGAAACGUGUGGGAAAAGUUUUACUCAAGGUGGUAGUCUGUUGGUUCACAUGAGGACCCACUCGGGUGAGAAACCGUAUACCUGUAACACCUGUGGUGAAAGAUUUUGUUACUUAUUAGCACUUAAAAAGCACAAGGCGGUGCACACAGGUGAAAAUCCAUUUUUUUGCACAACGUGCGGGAAAACGUUCACUCAAAGGGGCAGUUUGUUGGUCCACAUGAGGAUCCACUCAGGAGAGAAGCCGUAUUCUUGCAAAACAUGUGGGAAAAGUUUCACUAAAAAAUGUACUUUAUUGGUGCACGUGAGAAUUCACACCGGUGAGAAGCCAUACACUUGCAAAGUAUGUGGGAAAAGUUUUACCCAAAGAGGUGGUUUGGUAGUCCACAUGAAAACUCACGCAGGGAAAAAGUUUUAGUUCUGAAUAUUUAGCAGGGAACAGUGUAUUUAUGAAGCCGAGCUUGACAAAAGUAUCGAACCCGUUAACAGUAAAGCUUUCACAAUCAGAGCUGGCUUUACACACUUCCUGCUGCUCAAUAAAAGGUCUUUAAAAGUCUGAAAUUAAGGUCAUGACUGAUCUCAAAAGCUCAUAUAUGUUCCAUAAAUGUGAUGAAAUAAUGAAAUCUGGCGAACAAAAAAACAUCACAAUUUAAACGUCAGUUUUUCUGCGUGUUCUCGGCUCUCACCGGUGAUGAUGCAGAUUUAUGUAUAUUAAGAUGUAGUGAUGUGAACCGGCGCUAACCUAAUAGCUUACUUGUAGUCUUCUGAUAUUCUUCUAUUAAACAGCAGCCUGUAGACGAUAGCACUUAGUAUGAACACUGUAGAUGCUCACGCCUGUUUCAGAAAUGGGAAAAUAGGAGGCGGGAAGUAGAGUCCCAUAUCCAUACUGGCACUUAACAUGUCUUUAGUUCAGAUGACGAAUAAUCUCAUUCUGUAAACAUAUGAAGGUAGAACAGUAUUAGGAACUAACAUUUGUCUGAUUUUUAACUUUACAGUUAUUUAUGUUUUUUAUAUAUAUGUGUGUGUAAAAGCAGAAACAGUAGGUGAAGGAAAAGUGUAAGAUUUCGACUAAUGUGUUUCCCACUUUAACACACACUCACUCCUCUUCAUGAUGAAAACAAAGAUUGGGUGUAUUAUCCUGUGCGUCUGCAGCAGAGUUCAUCCUCAUUUCUGCAGCCGUGAUCGAACAAACAUGUAAAUCUAAAAUUGAAUCAUUCUCAGCAGCAGAUCUCAAACAAACUAUAAAAUAAAUAUGAAAUGACUGUUGGCCAUUAAAAAGCAUUUGGCUAGUGUAGGUGACUAAGAUGCAGCUGUAUUGUUUUUGCAGUGUGAACAGCCGCGGUGCUGUGAGUUUGAACAUAUGACUAACGAAAGGAUCAAAACUGUUUGUUGAGGAGAUUUUUGCACUUGUGAGUCGAUUUCUACCAAACUAGUAGGACCGCACGAUUCUGGCAAAAAUAAUUCUCCUAAUUUUUUGAUCAAUAUUGUGAUCAUGAUUAAUUGUUGUGAUUAUUCAUGUAUUUUAGUGACAAAAGGCAUUUACUGCAUGUAAACAUAACACUGCUUUUACAUCCAUAAUGCAACAUUCCUAAUAUUACUCACCCACAUUCCAAAAUAUAUAUAUAUAUAUAUUAACGAAUUAAUUAAAACACUUUUCCAGACCGAUAUGGUGCAAGCCUGAUGUAAGCGCAUCCACUUAACACUAAAUGUAAAGUCUUUCCCUGCAUUCACUGUACCUGCAUGAUGGAUGUAGAUCGACAGCUCUGACCUCCCUCUGCGUUUCCCUGCGUGCUUUUGCAUGCAGUGCAGGUAUCUCCUCUUCAGGAAUAGAACUGAGUGAGCGAGUCCGUGUGCUGAAACCUUUAUUGUGGACAUGACGAGUCAAUGUCAGAUAAUUCACGUCAGUAACCAUUUCUUUAUUUUUUUAGCCUUUGUGCGUCAGUCGUGCUGCAGUUCGUGGAUUGUUUUCAGGCGUUUAACCUCCUGGGACCUGCCGUCCACAUGUGGACGUCACAUUUUGGGUUAUUUAGACCAAAAUACUCAGUUUUGCUCUACCAGGGCCUGAUAUCCACUUACGAGGACGUUAUACUGCUACUGUUCUAUCAGAAUU